CGCUCCAUACCCACAUGUGCACCGGCCUCUUCUUCCUUGCUACAAACUACAAACCCGGGGAUUACAUCCAUUAACAAACACCUACCAGAUCCCAAAGACCCAGACGGCGACUCUACAAUGACCUCCUCCGUCGACUCCAUCCGCCCCGACGACGGCGCUAGAACCGGCGCCCGCACUCCGACUGGCACAGCCCAAGCUUCCUCGGCUGGCGUUGACUUAUCGGAGCUUUCCCCUCCUGGAUCCCAGACAAAGCAUGAAUCUGGCGCCUCUGUUGGUGAUAUUGGGACUGCGUUGGAACAACACGGAGGACAGCCUGCGGAAAAGACGUUUGACUCGAAUCUCGCAGUGUGGAAGAGCAAGCGUGCUCAAGAGGAUUUGCAGCGUGCUAUGGAGUAUGUCAUUGAUAAGGAUUUCAAGCUAGAUGAAUUCGGGGACCCUUUUGAUGAACGGGACUUGGCGGAGAAGUUGAUAUGAGCCUCUGCAUGUUCGGAGACCGUCUGCCACCUAGGCAGCAUACGAUAUGAAUAAUGAGAUAUGACUUGAUUCCUUAGC